AGAAGAACCUAAACAGGAACAGGGGCGGCAAAUCACUGAGCGAGGGCGAGUGGACCUCCCUCUCUGCCUCCUCCCCGUUCCAGCCGUAGGUCCCCGGGCGCCGCUCUGUUGUUUUCAGCAUUAGGCAGAGCCUGCGCCUCAAGUCAGGCAAGCGAACCGAGCUAGAGAGUUUCCCGUUCAGCACCUCGGACAGAGCACGCAGCAAAAAAUGGCUCCGAUCGCUACCAGCAGGGAAGAAUUUGUCUCUUUGUUUGCAUGGAUCUGCUGUCAGAGAAAAUCAUCCAAGUCUAACAAGACUCCUCCGUAUAAGUUUGUGCAUGUGCUAAAGGGGGUUGAUAUUUACCCUGAAAACCUAAGUAGCAAAAAGAAGUUUGGAGCUGACGACAAAAACGAAGUAAAGAAUAAACUGGCUGUGCCAAAGAAUUCAUUGCAUCUUGACCUGGAGAAGAGAGAUCUCAAUGGCAACUUUCCCAAAACAAACCUCAAAGGUGGCAGCCCUCCUGAUUUGGAGAACGUGACCCCAAAGCUCCUUUCAGAAGGGGAAAAAGAGGGGGUUUCCCCCGAUAGCUUAAAGUCCAGCACUUCCCUUAGCUCAGAAGAGAAACAAGAGAAGCUGGGAACCCUCUUCUUCUCCUUAGAGUACAACUUUGAGAAGAAAACAUUUGUGGUCAAUAUCAAGGAAGCACGUGGCUUGCCAGCCAUGGACGAGCAGUCGAUGACCUCUGACCCAUACAUCAAAAUGACCAUCCUUCCAGAGAAGAAGCAUAAAGUGAAAACCAGAGUUCUCAGGAAGACCUUGGACCCAGCUUUUGAUGAGACCUUCACCUUCUAUGGGAUCCCCUACACCCAGAUCCAAGAGUUGGCCUUGCACUUCACAAUUCUGAGUUUUGACAGGUUUUCAAGAGAUGAUAUCAUUGGAGAGGUCCUUAUUCCUCUGGCAGGAAUUGAAUUGUCUGAUGGAAAAAUAUUAAUGAACAGAGAGAUUAUCAAGAGAAAUGUUAGGAAGUCUUCAGGACGGGGUGAAUUGCUGAUCUCACUCUGCUAUCAGUCCACCACCAACACUCUCACUGUGGUUGUUCUAAAAGCUCGACACUUGCCUAAAUCCGAUGUGUCUGGACUUUCAGACCCCUACGUCAAAGUGAACCUGUACCAUGCCAAAAAGAGAAUCUCCAAAAAGAAGACUCAUGUGAAGAAGUGCACCCCCAAUGCUGUGUUCAACGAACUGUUUGUCUUUGAUAUUCCUUGUGAGGGUCUUGAAGAGAUCAGUGUUGAAUUUCUGGUUUUGGAUUCCGAAAGGGGGUCCCGCAACGAGGUGAUCGGGAGGCUGGUCCUGGAAGCGGCUGCGGAAGGAACCGGUGGAGAGCACUGGAAGGAGAUCUGUGACUAUCCAAGGAGACAGAUCGCCAAGUGGCACAUGCUCUGUGAUGGUUAGCAUCCUGGCCGUGCGUUGGGACUUAACGAUUUUUACUAGGCAAGGGAUGAUUUUCUUUCUUUCUGAUAUAUAAUUGCAAGCUUGUGACAGCAAGCUCCCUUUUUUGUUGUUGUUGUUAGAAAUGAAUUGAAUUAGCAAACCAGGAAAUAACUGUAAAUUAUCAUGAUAAAUUUCCCCUUUCCUAGAGACAUUGGAUAAAUUUUCAUAAGCUUGUUUAAUCCCCUCUGCAGGUCACCAGGGAUAUAAAUAAGAGUAGUCAAGCAUUUGAUGAAUACAGCAGUACAGUCCCAGGUUAUGGUGGGCUCUAGGAGGUCAUGAUAUCAUUGGAGCAUGUCACUGGGAGUCAA